UUUAGGUCACGAUCGACGCGUUGGAUAACAAGUGAUUCCGUCGGCGUGCUCCUACUUGCCGGACGAGGUCAUCGACAUCGAGCCAUGGGCAAGGAGGAAUCAAGGGCCACGAGGCCGACGCCCUACUUGCCGCACGAGGUCAUCACGGAGAUCCUUCUCCGGUUGCCUGUCACCUCGAUUCUACGGUUCAGGUGUGUCUCCAAGGCAUGGCGCCGCACCCUAUCCAAGGACCCGUCCUUCCGCCUCCAUCGGCAACGGCAUCCGUGCCUGCUCAUCGCCCCGGAGAUCCAACUCGACAGAAAACGUACAGGCGCCACUGCUGGCCUCUACCGCUGGGAGGAGGCCCACGGCGCCGCAACCCUCAUGCACCCCAUUGACCCUCUGUCCAAGGCGCGCGGUCUCGCGCACUGCGAUGGGCUAGUGUUGGUGGCCACCGAUUUGGUUGUGUGCGUCCUCAACCCAGCCACACACCGCGUCCUCACGCUGCUGGGUUGCCACCACCCUUUUCGCCGUGCGUUUGGCCUUGGGCGUGACCCUCGCACAGGUACCUACAAGGUAGCCCGAUACUUCUACCAAACCGAUUUCGGCCUCAAGGUGUUCACCAUAGGAGUCGAUCAGCAUUGGCGUCAGCUGAUGGCGGAGUCACCGCACCUUGUCAACAUGCGACGCACAGCGACCUUCUUCAAGGGGUCCCUUCUUUGGACCUUCAGCAGAUAUGACUACCAAGUCAGGACUGGUUUCCUCAGGUUAAGAUUGGAGGACGAAACAUUUAACAUUGUUCCACCGCCUCCAUGCUUCGGGGAACACACUAUGCCGCUGCAUUUUACAAACGGAAAAUCGUUUUAUGGUCAAUGA